AUGCUUGUCCCAAAGCCUCUGAUUCUCUUCAUCGAUGCCUACGACAGCUUUUCCAAGAACAUCAUCUCUCUCCUCGAAACCACCCUCGACGCCUCCGUUCGUACGGUCAAAAUCGAUAGCCCCGCCUUCGAAACCGACGAUGAGUUAUAUGACGAAUUGAGAAAUUAUGCUGCGGUAGUCUGCGGACCUGGCCCAGGGCAUCCCGCCGUAGAAAAAGAUAUUGGGCUCGUGAAGAGAAUCUGGAGGUUGAGCGAUGAACAUACAUUGCCCGUUCUCGGGAUUUGCUUGGGCUUUCAGAGCUUAUGUUUGGAGUUUGGGGGGCGAAUCGAAAGAUUGAAGGGUCCUCAACAUGGCAUCAUACGAGAUAUUACCCAUAUUGGCGGUUCCGGGUCGGCAAGUGGCGAUUCUAUAUUUGCUGGUGUAGGAAGUGUUCAGGCCACGCUUUACCAGAGUUUGUGUGCGGACAUUGGACAAGCGUCCAUCUCGGAUGCCGAAUGGAGUGUCAGAAAAUGGGAUCCUUCCCCCAGUUGUCCGGAACUCUUUCCUCUUGCCUGGGUCGAGAGUGACCUUUCCAAGGAUAGCGAUUGCGGUGUCAAAGAUGCGAGAGUCUUGGUUGCUGCAAGGCACGCAAGAAAGCCAUUCUGGGCAUUGCAAUAUCAUCCGGAAUCGAUUUGCACCAAUGGAGAAAGUAAGAAGGUUGUACAGAACUGGUGGAAGGCCGUUCAAUCAUGGAACAAGUCACAUGAAAGGAAAUCAAAGUGCCUAGAUCUGUCGUUGCAAGGUCAAUGUUCAACAAGGGAAAGUCUCCUAUACCAAUCCGAAAGCUUUCGCCACUUAUUGAAUGGCUCUGCGAGCUUUCCAUUCCAAAAGCAGGAAGACGAACUGAUCACGGACAGCGAACAAUCUGUAUAUCACUCGCGCGAGUUUCGUUUCGAUGGUCCUGUUUCUGUUCCCAGCCUGGUUGAGGCGGUCACAGAUACUAGACGCGAUCAAAUCAUUCUGGAGUCUUCGAAUGCAUAUGAAGUAACAGUGGGCUCAGCCGAUGUUCGAGGAAGAUAUAGCAUAAUUGCCCUGGAGGUUGAUGACUGCGUCAGGUUUGAAUAUACCGCUCAAAGUCAUGACAUAUCAGCUAUUUACCCAAAAGAGACACAUAGAGCACGUGAGUCUAUACGUCGCACAGAUCUACGUCCAUUCGGGGGUGUAUGGCCGUUUCUUGCACAAUACUUAGAGAAGAGGGCAUUGAGCUGGCCCAAUCCCCAGCCUUCCCCAUUCUUAGGAGGAUUCAUGGGAUAUACAACAUAUGAGCUUGGUCUAGAGAGUAUUGGAGUCAUCCCAGAAAGACGGGGACAGCACCUUAAGCGUCCGGACCUUGCCUUUGCGUGGGUUACUAGAAGUCUCGUCAUCGAUCACGUUGAGAACAUGGUCUAUCUUCAGAUCUUGGCUCCAACACACCAUAUGAUGGAGAAUGACAAGUGGAUGGACGAGAUGGAAUCGAAGUUGAAACCACUUCUAUUUCCCUUUCAGCUCUCCAACGGUCAUGUUUCUUUAAAAACGGCCAUUGAAAUGCCUGCUCAGAAGCAAACAAUUGCAUCCAUAACUCUUCCGAAAGACGAGGAAUAUGAGUCAAAGGUUCGUUCAUGUCAAGAAUUCAUCAGGAGUGGGAAUUCCUAUGAAUUAUGCCUUACAGACCAAACUUCUGUGGCUAGACCACGAGCCGCCAGAUCGGCCAACUCAGAUUGGUGUCUUUACAAAACCCUGCGAAGUCGGCAACCAGCUCCAUUCGCAUCAUACAUUCGUCUUGGACCUGCGACCUUGAUCUCUGGUUCCCCAGAACGAUUCCUGAGGUGGAACAAAGCUGGGAAAUGCGAGCUUCGUCCUAUGAAAGGCACGGUUCGCAAAUCGGACGCUGUAAACACACUUGCAGCCGCGACUGCCCUUCUAGAUGUGCCCAAAGAGAAGGCAGAGAACUUGAUGAUUGUUGAUCUUGUACGGCAUGAUUUGCAUGGAGUAUGUGGAAGUGGCAAUGUCCAAGUUCCACGUCUAAUGGUGGUGGAAGAGUACAAGAGCGUCUUCCAAAUGAUUUCGGUUGUCGAGGGACAAAUUCCUCCUUCUUUCGAGUCGGAGAGGAAAACUCGAUACACAGGUAUCGAUGUCCUGGCUGCAAGUCUCCCGCCUGGAAGCAUGACGGGGGCCCCGAAGAAGCGAAGCUGUGAGAUCUUACAAGAAAUUGAAGGGAGCCAGGAAAGGAGUAUGUAUUCCGGCGUGGUGGGGUAUAUGGAUGUGGGCGGUAACGGCGAUUGGUCCGUCACCAUUCGAAGCAUGUUCCGCUGGGACGACGAACACGAUGUGGAUGUUGCUGAGCCUGUUGAAACAUGGCAUAUCGGGGCAGGAGGUGCUGUCACUGCUCUUAGCACACCCGAGGCUGAGAGAGAGGAAAUGCAGACCAAGCUGAAUGGGACUUUGGGAUUGUUUGGAUGA